CCACACCUUAGCUCCACCGACUAGAUAAUGGCCAGUGGAAGGUUCGAGAUACUACGCAAUGGUGUGAAAUUAGUUCUAAGUUGUUUAUGCCCCACUGCUGUCCAGGAGGACGAUUCGAAUCCUGAUACUACUCCCCGCGAUGAUCCUUUGAGGACAACAGACGUUGGCCUAUGGCUAUCUCUAGAAUCGCCGGAGAAGGCUGUCACCUAUCAUCUUGGAACCACCAUGGGCGAAAAAAAAACUCUCCCUGAAGUUAUCAUCUCCGCAGUCAUUGAGGAUGACUCGAAGAAAUCCAUUGCAGUUCCCAAGCAACAGAUCUAUAUCAGUAAAAAAAUCGUCAUAUGCUCCUCAUCUGACUCUGUCCCCUACCAUUAUGUAGUGCGGCCUAUAUCGUCAACAUGCCGCACCAAUCUUGAUGUGAACAACCUCUUAGAAGAGCUCACCACCACCAUAUUAACGUCUACAUUGUCACCAUCCGGCCCUCCUAACAGGCCUUCCACCGCCAAUCCGGACGUUGAGGAGCUCUUACAAAGGCUCACCAACAUCAUCAGACAGUACCAUGCUCCCACCAGCAUCGAUAUUCCCUGUACUAGUCUAGACAUUGAUGGACUCUUAGAAGAGCUCAGAACCAUAUUACCGCGGUACUGCUCCCACGCUUCCCUCAAAACGAUCUUGUCACAGUACCGUCUUCCUGCCCCCGCUGAUACCCAUUGUACCGAUCUGGGCAUUAAUGGGCUCUUAAGAGAGCUCAACACCGCUCUCGGAACCUCAUACACACUGAACCCAGAUCUGUCCUCCCUUCUCGAACCUUUCAUAGUGCCUGGAGCUACUGUCCGAGACGACAUACACAAGAAACUUGAAGACGAGGACCAGAAAAUGCGACAAGCAGCACUGGUCAAUAACCAGAUUGUCGACCCGCGAGUUCCUCCUCGCCGCGUCUGGGAUCUCUACAGUAAUCGAGUGGUGCCGCUUUGGAAGAUUCCGGUUGAGCAUUGGUCGAAGAUAUGGGCAAUUUCACAUGCUUGGAUGGAUGAGAACGAUCGUCUGGAUGUCUGGACGCCUAUCAACGGACGCGAAUGGCCUGUACCCGUUCCGAAAGGUGCCGACUUGCGUCUCAUUAGGAUUGAGCUGCUGAAUCUGGGAGCAGAAUACGUGUGGUUGGAUGUUCUUUGCUUGAGACGCAGGGGCGGACCGAGGGACGAUCUGUGCGAGGAUGAGUGGAAGCUAGAUGUCCGCACAGUUGGAAAUGUGUAUGAGAAAGCCGAAAGGGUGGUUUGCUACUUCAGUGGAUUGGGGCUGCCUUUGCGGUUCAAGAUGAAUGACUUUACAAGUGACCGGUCCUGGUUUAAACGUGCGUGGAUAUUACAGCAGCUCACUGGGAACUAUAUAAUUGGUGGACAGCCAUCAGAAAGUGGCGAAGAAGACAUGGGGAUGGAAAAGGAUGUCAAAACGGAAUUUGACAAAAAGCUGUUGGAAUUGAAAAAUAUCAACAGGUCUCGCGUGUUUGAUGUGCUCAGGCAUAUGCGGGAUCGAGUGUCGAUAAAUGCUGUGGAUCGAGUUGCUGGGUUGGCAUAUCUUCUUCGGUCACAAAAGCUGCCCACGUACUAUGAGGCCAAGACUCCCGAGGAGGCAUGGACAAUGUUAGUGGAGACAAUGGACGAGCGAAACCGGGCAAAACUUCUCUUCCUGUAUCCUGAACCUGGAAAAGCACGCAAACUAUGGGGACCCUCAUGGAAUCAGGUCAUGGCUGAAAACCUUCCGACAAUGGACAGCGGGAUCCAGCUGUACGACAACAUGGUUGGUCGGGAUGAUAUUAUGAAAACCGAUUUCUAUUAUGGAUACUGCAUUGAAAAGGGCUGCGUGCGAGGACUGGACAAGGAAGGCUCCGAAGGCGAGUUGCGACGUGGGGAGUUGAUAUCCCACAAACAUUCGAUAUCACCUGCCACUCACCAAUACCCUAUACCUACAGCCUCGUACACGCUGAUAGGCAGUGAUCCAUGGUCACCGCAAUCGGGUAGAUCCAAGGACGAAAAUUCCAAACAAUAUUGGGUGGUCGGGGAACUUAGAGAAUCAGGCCAGAUGUUCAAGAAAGUUUCGGUGUUUCAAAUAGACAAUGCAGGUCACGUCAUGAACCUGUUAGAUGAAUCAGGAAUCGCCCAAAAGACCCAUAACACUCUCAUUUGACAUGAAGUACUUAACAUAUGUGGUGAUUUCUGAUUCCUAACGUUACCAAUACCUGUAAUGAUACUACGUACUAUGGAUCGAAUGCAUACUCUCCUCUUUUUUUACCGGUC